AUGAUCCCUAUAAGAAAUACCAUCCAAUUGGCCAACCGUUCGGUGAAAUUACCUUGUAGUAAGCUUGAAGAUGUUCCUAUUCAAGUUGGGCAUAUUUAUGUGCCUUGUGAUAUUGUAGUGAUGGAUAUAGAAGAAGAUGUUGACACUCCUUUGAUUUUGGGCCGUGAAGCUCUUAAGACUUUGGGGGCGGUGAUCAAUUGCAAGAACAACACCAUUACAUGUGAGGGUGCCGAUGAAAAGAUUGUUUUUGAGUUCUCUAAGUUACUCAAGACACCCAUACUUGAAAAAUGCUAUAGGGUUGAUGUUGUGAAUCAAGAGUUAGAUCGCUUGGGAAGGGUUAUGAUGAAGCCUCAAGAUCCAAUGGCUGAAGCUCUUACAUGCAAGGAAGAAUAUCACUCUCAAGAAGAAAAAGAGUGUCAUGGCCAUGGAAGAUACUCAAAUGGAAGAAGACCAUGA